AUGACAGGUACUUUGACAAGUAGAUCUCCAAAAAGUCAAUUUUUCUAAAACAGUACACGUUGAAUAGAAUGUUUUGAGUUCUGUUUAGUUAAUUGUCCGUAAAGAUAUUUCGUAAUUUUUUUUGCUAAUUUUAAUAUUUACUGUAAAUUUUACGUAUUGCGAUUGUUUUAAUCCAUUAUGACCGAUGCUGAUUCCGGCAGCGGUGGUGGACCCGGUCCUCCUCCGGAUAUCUCAAGUCUGAAGGAAAACUUCAAUCAGCAACAAGCAAAGAUUUCGGCACUGAAAGAACUUGUCCGACAAUCUGAGGUCAAUCAGGGAAAAAACACUGCCAGUGCACAGGAGAAGGUUAAAAAUAUAGCUCAACGUUUGUCUCAUUUGAAAUCGAAAGCAACCAAAUCAAGACAAAGCGGAGUUGGAAGGUGGAACACAUCUUCCGAUGAAAACGAAUCAAUUUUAGAUCGAGCAAUUAGUGAGAAGCCUGAAGGGACGACGAUACAGAGCGACGAUGUUAUUCCACCAGCAGAAAUCGCUCGAGCACGUUCGGAAACGCCAGGAAGUGAGAAAAUUCAAUUAUUGCGCAAGCAAAUGGAGCAAAAUCGUCUGAAAAUGGCGGAAAGGGAAAAUAGUAAGCGUGGCAUUGAAGAGCUGGUGACGCAGUUGAAAGCGAAGGUGGACAGCAGCAAGACAAGCUUGGAGAAAACAUCGCAGCUUGGACGUUCAGUCGGUGAUCUGAGCGUUUGGUCUACGAAAGACCGGCAUAUGUCUUCCAGCGAUUUGUCCAGUUAUGGAAUGCCAACAACAUUCGAAAAGGAAAGACUGAAGUUUUUAGAGCGACGUGUCCGCGAAUUGGAAAUCGAAAUGAAGAACAAAGAAAACGAAUUUCUAACUCGAAACGCCGAUUCGGAACAUUUAAUGAAUGCGAAACGCUUGGAAAGUAGAAUACUCGACCUGGAAGAGGCAUUGAAAGAGAAAGAAUGUGUCAUCGAUGCCCGUACUCAAGCCGUGAGUUUACUCUCCGAAAAUUUGUCGCUGAAAGGUAAGAACACCGUGGAUUUGUUGGAGGAAACCAAACUGGAAAUGCAGGAGAUGCAGAAGAAAUUCAUUGAAGCCGAGAAUGGCUAUCGCGUCGAAAUUGAACGUUUGAAAUCGGAAAUCGAUGAGAAAAGUAUCAAAAUUGAAAAUAUGGACCAGGUGAACGAUAUCUUGGAGACGGCUCGCUUCGAUUUGACGGUGAAAAAUUCGGAACUUGAAGAAAAAUUCGACGGAGUGCAGGACUUUAGCAACAAGCUCAGCGAAUUGAAUAAAAUCAACCAUAGUCUACAGCAGCGCAUAGCCACUCUGGAAAGCGAAAAGAAAACGGAAGAGAGUGUCGAUGAACUGCAAACCGCAAUCGAAAAACUUCAAAUCGAAAACGAUGCCUUAAAGAAAAUGCUUCAACAUUCUGAAGAUGCUGCCGAUGAAACUGACGUUUCACUGCUCGAUAAGAUCAGAUCGCUGGAGAAUGUAAUCAGUUCGCAAAGUGAGGAUAUCGACAAGCAUCUAUCUACAAUCGAGCGGCUAGAAAACAGUUUACAGGAAAAAACGAUCGAGUACAACGUCCUGACAGCCAAUUUUUCGGUUCUUCAAGAAAAGGUCAAAUCUGCCGGUCCUAAGUCACUCUUUUCCAUGUCCACCGAUGAGGAAGCCGAAGCGGAAAUAACCAAACUGAAAUCGCAAUUAGACGAGGCCAACAAGAGUAUGAUCAAAACGAAACUGAAGGCCAAGCAGCUGCAGAAGCAAUUGGAUUCGGUUAAAAAGUCAUCCAAUUCUUCGGCCGACGUUAUUCGUUUGACGGAAGAGAAUCAAAUUUUGCAGCAACAAGUAGCCGAAAUGAAGACAUCGCUAGCCGCAGAUGGAAAAUCGUCAUCAUCGCCUGACACCGACUUGGAAAAGAAAAUCAAAAUACUCGAAACGACUUGCCAGAAUCAGGUGUCAGCCAUUCUAUUGCUUGAAGAACAGAAAAUCGACAUGACUGCUGACCUGCAGACCACAAAAACGGAACUGACGUCGUUGAAAGAUCACAUAAAAGGCACCGAUGACGAAGAACAUACUGCUAUGGUUACGUCACACAUGGACAACAUCGAAAUGGAGGAGAAGAUUGAUCAACAUUUGCGACAAAAUGAUUUACUUAAAGCAGAAGUCGAUCGUUUGAUGGAAGAGAAACUAGAUCUCAGCUCAAAGUUGACUGCCUACAUGACCGAAAACAUGGAAUUACUGGAAAAACUCGACAAAAUCAGUAAGGGCAGUUCAGCCGAGUCAAUCGAACUUAUCGAAAAUCUGACACACCAAGAGAAACUGGAGAUGGAGGAAUUCCAAAAAGGUCUACAUCCGAUCGUUGAUGCUUCCGAAGGUGAUACUAGUGUGAUGAGUGCAGAUUUGAGUGAAAGUCUGGUCAAAUUGCGGGAAGAGAGCUCCGAACUUAUGCAUAAAAUUGAAAUGUUUACGUCGGAGCGACGUGAAGUGUUGGAUAAGGUAGAAGACUUGAAGAUGGAAAAUUCGAAUUUAGUUCAAGAAGUGGACGUACUCAAAGUGGAGAAAGAGAAAAUUCUUACCGAUUUCAAUGCACUGCAAGAGGAGCUUACAACGGUCAAGGAAAGUUUGAAAGCAACAGAAGCGGAACGAGCUGAAUUGUUAGGCAACGUUAAAGAUCUAAGUGAAAAUCGGUCUAAACUGCAGGAUGAAUUAAAUUCCCUCAUCAAGUGUCGUAAUGUUACCGUCGACGAUGUGCAUCAAGCAAGCUUCUCGUCGGAAUCAUCUGUUGAAGUGACCAAUGAUGAUUACGAGAAGGCAUUGAAAGGACUGGAAAUAGAACUUGAAAACUACAAAAAGAGCAAAGACAAAAGUGUAAAAUCAAAGAAAUUAGCGAAAGAGGCCAAGAACGUCUACGAACUGUUGAAGAAAUUGCUUAACGACUACGAAAACGGGGCGAAGCAAGUGGCCGAACUGAAGGCCGAGAUCGGUAGAAUUAAUUUGCAGCAACAGGAGGAGAGAAUCAAAUUAUUGUUAACCGAUGAAGUGGAUAAGAUCAGCGAGAGCAAGAGCAAGGAGGAGCUGAGAUUGCAACGAGGUGAACUGGAACGUGUAACAGCUGCUAUGCAGGAUCUACAGUUGAAUUACGAGAAACUGCAAACCCAGUUAGAUGAAAAAGAUGCGCUGCUUCGUUCGGCUGACGAGAACUCAACCGAAUCAGAAACGCUAAUGUUACGCAACGAAAACGAUCGACUGAAGGAGAAAGUAGCCGAAAUCGAACGAACGCUGCAUUUCGACCACGAAACCAUUGAGCAGAAAACCCAGGAACUCAUUCAAUUAAAACUCGAAUUCGACAAUCGAGUCGACACGGCCAACAAGGAAAUCGACAUAUUAAAGAAAUUGACGGCCGAACAGAAGGACCAGUUGAUCGCCACACUAACCGAACAUGAAACCGAAAUCAACGAAAAGGUGGCAAAAAUCGAUGAACUGGAAUUGAAACUGCAGGAAAUGAGCAAGGAAGUGGAAGAGGCGAAAAAUCAAUUUACUGCCUCUCGCGACGAAUAUGUCGAACAAUUGCAAGGCAAAGUGGCUGCUCUGAAGACGAUAUUCGAUGAGAACAAUGACCUGUUGGAGGAACAAGCAAACGAAUUGCGAAAUAAACAGGAAACAAUCGAGUCGCUGAACGGUCAGAUAAUGGAACUGUACAAAGUGAUGGAAGAGAAUGCUAAUAAGGUGAUCGAAAAGGAAGAUGAAGUGAAUUAUUUGCAGGAGUUGAUCGAUCGGAAUGAACAGCAGGUCCAGACAUUGAAAGAUAAGUGCUCUACGUUGGACAAUGUCGUACGAAAAUUGGAAGCAGAACUUCAGAAAAAGUCGAAAGAAAUUGAAGCGCUGAGCCAACAACAACAACAAUCGAAAGUCGUGGACAAUAGUGAGGAAAUUGAAAAUUUGAAGAAAAAAUACGAAUUGACAGUCGCUGAACUUGAAUCGAAGAACAAAGAACAGCUUGAUAAGUUAAAGAAAUUUGCCGCAAAUUUGAAAAAGAAAAACGCUCAGUGUGUCGAACUUGAGCAUAAACUGGAGCAGAUGGAUCGUGCAACGGAUGAAAAACCGAUAGAAGAACUAACUCAAAAAUUAGAAAAUCUUCAGCAACUUCUGUUCCAAAAGGAUCAAGAAUUGAAUGUGAUGAGGCAUGAGUCGAGCCUCGUUGCCGCUGCUGUUCAGCAAAGUAGUUCUGUAGCGGACACAGAGCAGAUCAUUGAAGAAUUGAAAGCAUCUAAUGUCAAGGAAAUUUCAAAAUUAUCCGAAGAAAUUAGCAAUCUCAAGGAACGUCUGUGUGAUGCCCACAAUCAGUUGGCUGAACUGGACCGCCAGUACAAUUCUGAAGUUGCCAACAAAUCUGCAGAGUUGGAAAAUUUGACUGCACGAAUGAAUGAAAAGGUACGUGCGAUGGAUGAACUUACAGUCAAUGUAGAGAAGAAAACAGCCGAAGUAACCACCCUGCAAAAUUCUCUAAAAGAAUUCAAUACGCAGUUGGCCACAACGACCGAUGAUUUGAAAUCGAAAAAUGUGAAAAUUGAGAAAUGCCGAGCUGUGAUUAAAGAGAAAAACCAAACAAUCCAGAAGCUCAACUCAUCGAUUGCCGAAUUUAAGGUCAAAUUGGAGGAACACCAAAGCGAAAAGUCAGAUUCGCCACUACAGACCCAAUGUGAACACCUUCAAGAUGAGCUCACCAAUCACCGCGAAACGAUUGCAGGUCUUCAGAACGAAUUGGAAUCGCUACGUGCUCAGUCGGCAAAUAUCGGUGCUCUGGAGAUGAAGAACCAGGAGAACGAACAUUACAUCGAAUCGUUACGUGAAAGUAACCAAAAAUUGAACGAUAAAAUUGCCAAACUUGAGGAGGGCAUUGGUAACAUUGAAGAACGUCGAUCAUCGUUGGAACAACAUGCCAAUCUAUUAGGUUCGACCCUUCAAGAAAAAACUUCCGAAUUCCAAAAGAACGAAGACGAACUCUUGUCGCGAUUACAAGCAUUGUCUCAGCAUGAUGAGACCAUUGAGCAACGGUUACAUGAAGCUGAUUUAGAAAAACAGGAGCUUGGCGAUCGUUUAUCAGAAUUGACGGAAGAACGGAAUGAGCUGGUUAAAAAACUGCAAUUGAUCGGUAGUCAAAUGGCACAGUUGCAGGGUACUACUUUAUCGGAUCUUGAGAGUGAAAAUGCCACGUUAAUGGAACAAGUGAAAACAUUGCAGCUUGACCUGAAACGCCAAUCAAGUGAAUUCGAACGAAAAAUGGAUGAGCAAAAAAGUGUCAUCGCUGAUUUGGAGUACGAUUUGAGCGCUCAACUGCAACGAUUGACUGACGAACGUCGUGAUCUUCAACACAAUUUAGAAAAGUCAAAAGACGAAAUCAAUGAACUGAAUUGUGACGUUGUUCGCUUCAAGGAAAUCAUCACGUCAUUGGAGCAGACAAACUCUGAUCUAGAGAACAAAAUGACGUGGAUUAAAAUGCAGAAUGAAAGCAUGAACCAGGAACAUAUUGAAAACCAGGAACUCCGAAUGCAGAUCGUUCAUGACCAAACGGAAAUUGAAAAUUUGAAAGAGCAAACGGAAACGCUACAACAGAACCACGAACGAGAAGUGGCUGCGUUAAGGCAACAAAUAUUGGAAUUCGAUUCACUUCGCGCUCAAAUCGGCCAGAAUCAAACAGAUGAUCAAGUGUUCAUUCAGAACGAAAACGAACGAUUGCAGGGACUGCUGGCUACAAAAGAUUUAGAAAUUCAAAACUACCAGCGACAGAACUUACAACUCCAAAUGUCACUUGCUGCUGCCCCGAACACAGGCGAUCCCUUUAUAAACCUGACUCAACCAUCGGCGGCAUCGACACCGCAUAUCGACAGCGAUGAACUGUUGAUUCUCACAAAAAAUGUUGAGGAUUUGCAAGCGAAACUUCAAACAGCCCAAGCCCAAAUAAAUGCGCUACAUGAGCAAAAUACCGAACUUCAAGCGCAAGAUUCUCUAAGGGCAGACAUAAUUGACACGAUGAACAAGGCACAUGGCGACCAAUUGAAUAAAUUACAGUCGGAAUGUGCGCACCGGUUGACCGAAUUCGAAGAACAGAAGAAGGAGCUGUGUCAUUCAAGCGAAAAGAAAGAUAGUGAACUAAAACGACUGCAAAGCGAGAAUGAACAACAGAAAAAUGUGGCUGUUACACAAACCAAAGUCGACGAAUUGCAGCUUAAUGUCCAACAGCUGGAGCAGUACAUUGCUGACCUUCAAAUUCAAUUACGUAUAUCGACUAACGACUGCGAACAAACUGCACAAACUAUCCAGUCAUUGGAACAAGAAAUUCAAAUUCGCACAGCAAAAUAUGAAGGAGAAAUAGCGUCACUGCGUGGUGAUUUAGAGAGAUUGACCGUACAACCGCCGAUUCACGAAGAAAUUGCUCAGAAGGCAGUAGCUUCGACGAUUGCAGCAGAACCUCAACAAUUCCUAGCAGACAUUGAACGAAUGAUCAUUCCAUCUGUUCAACCAACCAAUAUACCUCCGCCUUCCGACAAACCGUCCGGUUUACCAUCGUUUAACAGUUCAAUGUUUUUCGGAUCACCUGAAACCACCGCAUUCGAUGAUCCAUUCACUUCUUCACAACCCGAUUCAGCAUUACCAGCCGACGCAGAUAAUCGUUCCCCUGUUGUGGAACCAGUUUGUGUUGCGAAGAAGGCCUAUCUUUGCCAUCCCGAUCAAAUCGCUAGUGAAUCCGAGCAGGUUGUUUCAAACCUUACGCCGGUUGUGGAAGAGGUUUGCGUGGCAAAGAAAGCUUAUCUGUGUCAUCCAGAAGAAGAGGCAGUGACAGAUGAUGGAUGGGGUUUCGGAUCAGAUGAUGCUGUUUUAGAGGAACAACACCAACAAAUGUCUGGUUCCAUUACAACAUCUUCGCUGGUUCCAGCUCACAUUGGACAGACAUUGCAGGAUUACGAAGAUGCGAUAAAGUUGCUUCAGGUUGAGCGAGAUCAACUGCAGGAAGAGAAAGUUGCUCUACAAAUACAGUCUGCAAAAAUGUUGAAGAAACUCAAAGAAUACAAAAGUAAAAAUGAACAGCUGAGCACAGCCGCAUCUUUCAAAAAAUCACCAUCCGUCGAAUCCAACGAUCUGGAUCUUGCUAUACAGGAGGAGCUAAACAAUCAAAUAAAAUUGCUGGAAAACCGAUGCAAAGAAAUGAAAGCGGAACAGGAAAAAGAAUCUUCCGAAAAGCAAAACCUCCUGAAACGAGUCGAUGUUCUGACUUCAGCCAACGACACAAUGGUAGAUCUGAAGCAGCGACAAGACAACGAAUUGGAAAUGUGCAAAUCGAAAAUCCGUCAAUUAAGUCAAAAGAUUUCGCAGCUGGAGGAAUGGAGUGAUGAUAAUUACAAUAAACCAGCGGAUGAUGCGAGUGCACCGAGUCAGCCGACCACUUCUGAUGAAAAUGUUACCAAGCAAAUCGAACUGUUAACAAAGCAAUUGAGUGAUGCUCGCGCAGAUUUCGAUGAAAUUCAGGCAUUGCUGGAUGAUGAGAAAACUCACAGUUCCAUUUUGGAGGAUAGAAUAAAGAAAUUGCAGGAGUCGUUACUGGCCAGAGAAAAUGAGGUCGGAGCACAUGCUGAAAUGACUGUCCGCAUCGAUAAAUUAUCCGCCGAGAAUACGUUCCUACAAAACGACAAUGUAAGCAAAAGUGAAACAAUCACUCAACUAAAGGGUCAGAUAAAUGAAUCCAUCGCUACGAUUGAUGUGCUGACGCAGGAAGCGAACAACAUCAAAACAUAUCUGGAUCAGCUGAAAGAGGAGCACCGACACAAAAUCGACGAAAAUAACAAUUUGUCGAAAGAAUUGGGUUUGCUGAGUGAUAAAAAUGUGGAAUUGUCCGCCGAAGUGGAACGAAUGAAAAGUGCCGGAAUGUUUACUGACGGAAGUCAAAUCAAUUCGUUGGAGAUAAAAGAAAUGGAUGAAAAAAUCCAGGAACUUACUGCUAUUAUUCAAUAUAAAGACGCUGAAAUUGGUCAUUUAAAUCAAAAGGUUGCCGAUGUCAUCAAAGAAGAUCAGACGCAAUCUUUGGUACAGGAAAUUUUGAACAAAAAUUUCGAAAUUAACAAUUUACGGUCGCAGGUGGAUCAACUACAAACUGCCAAAGAUGAUUUGGAGAAUAAUUGGUCGAUGCAAUUGACCAAAGAAAUCCAGAGCCAAAAUGCAGUGGAGACAGCUGAAAGAAUAAGUCAGCUUGAGAAAGUGAUCGCAGAAAUGAAAACAGAAAAAGGCGAAAUGGAACACGAGCUUCAAGUGCUGAACGACCAAGUUUUGAACAGUCUCCAGCUAGAAGACAAAGUCAAAUCCACCGUUCUCGAGCUGGACAUGAAAAAUAUUGAAAUAACCGAAUUGAAGAACUCGUUGGAGCAAAUGAAACACAGUUCAGUUGAGAUCAAUCCGAAUACCAACGUUAGUGACGAUGUAGUUGCUACAUUAAAUGCUCAAUGGGAACAGGUAAUGGAACAACGUUGCUCCGAUCUAGCCGAAUCUUGGAGACAUCAUGUAUCACAGCGUGAAGCCGAAUUUAGUUUAACGGAAGCUACGCUACGACAAGAAAUCGAUCUAUUACGUCAAGCGUUACGCCAAUCAAAUUCUUCAUCGGAAGUGGUCGAAAAUAUUGAUUACAAUGCGGGUCUACCUGCUCACGAAGUUGUUCCUUCUGCUCAGCAGUCUUCUGACAACGAAUUGAUUGGCAAAAUGCAAGAGGCACUGGAAAAUCAAGAAAUGGAAAUCGUUACUUUGAAGGAGCAGUUGGCCAUUCGAUCAGCGGAAUACGCUAGAAUUGUGUCGCAAGUGGAUCCCUUCGGACAGAUGUCCCGCACCAGCAGCAUGAUGACAAUGGAUUUAAAAGCGAAAAAAUCAACCGAAACAUUGGACGCGCCGGCUGGUCAGAAAUCAGAGCUUGAUCUGGCCCUGUAUAUGUUACAUCAGCGGGACAUGAGAUGUGAAGAGCUAACGGAAGAAUUGAUACAUUUGUUAGAAGAACGAGACACACUUCAAUUGAAGCUGUCCAAUUCAAUACGGCAAAUGGAGGACAUUCGACUGAAGACUGGUUAUGUUGAGGCAGUGCCAUCCGAAAGUGAGUCAGCCAACAUAAGUCCAGAAAAACCACCGUCAAAUCGAAGUUCUGUAUCGCUGUCAUCCGACGCAACUGAAGUACAAGCGAAUUCUGUCAAUUUGAACGCCAAAUUGUCACAACUUCACCAUGUCAGCCAUUCCAGAGAUAAGACGCUACGUGAAGAACGUGAACAGCGUCAACGUCAAAUGGCUUUUCUGCAGAGAGAUGUAGCCACCCUACCACCCGAGGCAGUAGCUGAAUUAAUCGGUGCCGAUUAUACACUGUCCAGACAAUCACAGAGUCCAUCGUCGGUAUUGUUGAAUUGGCUAUGGGGUAAAAGUACGCCUCGUCCACCAGAUACUAACUAAAUAUCAGUGAUGUUAAUGUUGAUCCGUUGGAAUGAGUUAAUGGUAAAAGAUUUGGCAUUCAUCCAUUAAAAAAUGCUAAAUUUUUCUAUCAUCGUAUGGGCCACAAUUCCGAACGGCCACAUGUUUUGUGAAAAUUUUAUUAUGGGGAAUGGGGUUUUUUGUCAGAGAAAUAAGAGCGUCUACUAUGUACAGAAAUUAAUAUAUUCAUUGAGAAAUCAGUUAA